AUGCCGCAAGAGAAACGCCAUCCGGUUGCGGAAAUGCCAUCCAGGCGGCGUCAGCGCGCCCUCGAGACACUGGUCAUCUUCCGGCGUAGUCUCAUCUACCAGACCAAGGAGUUCUUCCAGAACUCAACUCUACACGGUGUUCGGUAUAUUGCCGAAUCGGGUCGACCCAUUGGCGAGAAGUUCAUGUGGUUCUGCUUCACCUCAAUCGGUGCGGUCACCGCUCUGGUCAUCAUUAUGAGUCUUUGGGAGAAGUUCCAGACAAAUCCCACCAUCACUGGCCUGGACACGGACUUUCACAAUCAGAAUGUUGUAUUUCCCACCACCGUCGUCUGUCCGGAGGCGGCCUUUGACCAUGACAGGACCGAGGCAAUUGUAUACAAGACCCUGGCAAACUAUGAUGAAGAGGAGGUGCCGAAGUAUACCUCGUUUCUGGAGGUGCUCACCUCGCUGAGCUUUGAGAGAAUUGGCGAUGCGAAACUUCUGGCCCAGUCGAUACCAAAAACCAAACUGGAGGAGAAUACCCUACGGCAGUGGGCCUUCGAGGCGCACAUUAGCUGCGAAAGCACCUUUGUCUCCUGCAAGUAUCGCGACGAGGAGAUACCCUGCUGUGAGCACUUUGAGCCCAUCUACACGGAGCAUGGCUUUUGUUAUGCCUUCAACAGCCGCUUCAAGUCCACGGCCACCGAAGAUGUUAAAACGGGCGCCCCACAUGACCUCUAUGAGACGGACAAAAAGUGGGCGCUCUUCUUUGUGCCCAAUAGCACUUCUAGGAUUUUCAUAUUCUCAAACGAGGAGUAUUUCGGUUCUGACUUCAAUGCCCAGAUCGAUUGGUCGGAGAGUCAGCUGGUGGAGGUGAGAAUAUCCAAGAAGAAUACCUACACCACAGAUGAUGCCCGCCAGCUAUCGAUUGGUCAGCGGAAAUGCAUAUUCAGCGAUGAGGUCAAGCUCAAUUACUUCCCGGAUGCGUAUACCUUCUCAUCUUGCAUGAAGCAGUGUCGCAUGAACAAGGCCAUUAAGCUUUGCAAGUGCAAUCCGCCGUUUUACAAGCCCAUAGGUAAGGCCAAACAAGGUAUAAAUAAUAAGAUGCACUUGAAUGAUAAUGUUUGCCUGAUUGAUUGUUUUAUUCCCUCAGUCAAUGUACCCAUGUGUAUGUUAAAGGACCUGGAUUGCCUUAAUGAGUUCAAGGCCAACAUCACUAAUAUCAAGGACUGCCUCCAGUGUGAGCUUAGCUGUUCAAAGACCGUAUUUAAUAUUGACAAGCUCAUCAAAAUUGUGGACCGGCCAGAGAGCACAGGUGUGCUGGUGGAGUUCCUUACCUGGCCCAUUAUCCGGUACAAACGUGAGGUUCUCUUUGGCUGGGUGGAUCUGCUGGUGUCUUUUGGCGGAAUUGCCAGUCUUUUUCUUGGAUUCUCUCUACUCUCGGGCGUGGAGAUUAUCUACUAUUUUACACUGCGCGCCUGCUGUAUGGUCUAUAAAAAUCGACAAGAGCUUUACGAGAUCGAGGAGCGGAUUCGUCGGGAGCCACCACCCAGCAUAGACCUCAAGUUGAGUCUGAGAUCACAUUCGAAGCCUCGUUUUGGUGACAAGCCCACAUCGGCGGUGGUGCAGGUGAAGCCAGCCAUUGAGGGCCAGAGUUUGGGAUCCCAGGGUCCUUUGUGGGUGCAUCAAAGGAGAAACGAAAAGGAUUAUAUUAACCAAGCUAAGAAUUAUUAUCGCACGCCCAAAGUUUUGCCCGACCAUGGAUACACCAACAAUAUAAGCAAUCCCUGGACGACCUACGAUCAUUCACAAUAUAUGCCCUGAAGCUAUAAUUAUUAACAUUA